AUGAGCUCAUAUGAAGAAAAAGGAACUAUAAAUGAAAACUUUAAAGGUAUUCUCUAUGCUAGUUCUGAUAAUCGGCGCAAGAAAUACAGGCAAGACGACCAUUUUGCACAAAUUUCUUCGAAGUCGAAUUUCAUGGCCACAUUAUCCUACACUUGGCUUUGAAUAUCACCCUUAUAUAUGGGUCCACAAGCCAACAAACCAAACCAUUCGUCUUCAAGUGUGAGACACUUCAGGACAGAACAAAUAUCGACAAAUAAUCCUGCAGUAAUCGUUACAUAGCCAUUUCCAAAGAGUCCAUGGCGCUUUGGUCUUUUUUGAUCUUUCAGAUAAAAACAGCUUUAAUGAGCUAGACAAUUGAUAUCGAGAUCUAAGGAGGGUAUGUGGGAAUUAUUGUGCAAUUAUUUUGGUUGGAAAUAAAUCUGAUCUUCCAAGGGAAAUUUCAAUUCAAGAAGCAAUUGAUUGAGCAAAAAAGAAAAACAUGUAUUAUCUUGAGACUUCAUCAAUGUGAGAUCCAUUAAAAGAGGACGAUAGGCUGGUAGGAGCUAUUACUUUGUUUGAAAAAUUGAUCACACUUGUAAUGGAAAAGCAUUGCAAAGAGGUGAAGACUAAAAUUAGUUAUCACCCACAGCCAAGGGAUUCAUGCUUUUGUUAA